AGCGCGGGAGGCUUCGGAGCAGAGGGCCUCAGAGAAGCGGGCAAUGGCGCUGCUUCACUGAAGGGAGUCCCUUUCCUCGGAAAGGCAACGCGCGGCCGGGCCGAGCACCGGUCGCGGCCGACAUGGCCUGCUGUCACAAAGUGGUGCUGCUGGUGGACACCGCGGUCGAUGCCGCUCGCCACAGCCCGGCCCGGCGUGCCGCCCUGCGCCUCCUCACUUACCUCAGCGGCCGCUUCGGCCUGCCUAGGGUCCACUGGGCCUUCAAGUUCUUCGACUCUCAGGGGGCACGGAGCCGACCCUCCCGCGUGUCUGACUUCCGGGAACUGGGGAGCCGCUCCUGGGAGGACUUCGAGCAGGAGCUGGAGACGAGGCUCGGGGAUCGCGCUCCCGGCGCCCACCUGCCCGGCCCGACUCCCAGGGCCACUCACACUCACGGUGCCCUGAUGGAGACGCUGCUAGACUACCAGUGGGACCGGCCGGAGAUCACGUCGCCCACAAAGCCGAUCCUGCGGAGUAGCGGGAGGAGACUGCUGGACGCAGACAGCGAAGCCAAGGAGGCCCUGGCCGCUCUCGGGGGCUUCGGGAACGCUGUCUUCCUCCUGGCGCCCUGCCCUCACUCGCAGAGGGAGCUGCUGCAGUUCGUGUCCGGGUGCGAGGCCCAGACUCAAGUGCCGCUAACCCCCAAGCAGGUGAUGGAGAAGGUGUUGCCCAAGAGGGUCCAGGAGGUCAUGAUCGCCCGAAAUAUAACCUUGUACUGGGUCGACACCACCGAGCGGUCUAAGUUAUGGGCCUCCCCAGACCACAUUGGGUACUGGACAGUUUGUGAACUGCUCCACCAUGGAGGAGGCACCAUCUUGCCAUCUGAAACUUGGAGCCUGGGUUUUACUAAAGUUGGGGAAACAGUGCUGCAGAGUGGUGAUGAGCUGUCACGUGACCCUCACCUCUCCUCCUGGAUCUCAGCUCUGCCAAUAGAUGCCACUGUAAACUGCCUACUCUAUAAUUCUCCUGAGUAUGAAGCCUCAUUUCCCCAAACUGAAGGAACAUUAUUUCUCCCUGUUAAAGGCAAAGAAAUUCAAGAAACAUGGGCAAUCUCCCUAGAGCCCUUAGCCAUGCAUCAGAGACAUUUCCAGAAGCCAGUAAGAAUAUUUCUAAGAGGCUCAGUGGCCCAGUGGUCUCUCCCAAUGAGUAGUGCUUUAGGCACUGACAACUGGAUGCUACAAAGUCCAGAGGGAUACAAGUCAACUCAAAGGCUGUUGUUUCAGGAGCUAGUAAGCAGGCUGACUGCUGAAGAAUUCCAUCUGGUUGCCAGUGUGGAUCCUGGUGAAGGUUGGCCCCCCAUCACAGGAAUUAUUUCCCCAUUCUCUGCCAAUGCCAUGAUUCUCACAGUUUUCCGAGCCAAAGAAGCUGAAUUUCAAAGACAUUUUCUCCAGACAGCUGUGACUGAAGGUCCCCAGGAUAUAACUUCCCUUUUCUCAGAUGUUGUAGAUAGUGUACUGACUCAGGUUCCUAAUUUAUUUGAAGAUCCUGCUUCUUCUGCCCCCUGUGUUCCAGAAUGGGUCCAGCAGGAGCUUAGUCGUACCAGCCCCUGGAGUCCAGCUCUUAUGGAAAAGUGGUUUCCUUUCUCUAACGUCAGUGGUGCCACUUCAGACUUGAUGGAAUCAUUUUGGUGGUAUCCCUCGAACUCCAGUGAGACAGAAGAUGAAUACCAUGUCCCGAUCCUUGAAGAUGCUGAAUGUGGCGAGGCUAAAUGUAAAGGCUCAGAAGUUACACCCAGAUGGUAGUCCAGACAUGGCUGUGGAGAAAGGGCUCCAAAAGACAGUGAUCGGCAGAACAGGAGAUAAAUCAGAAGACAGAGGAAGAACAUUAAGAAGUUCUAAACUUAAAGACUUUAAAACAGAAGAGGAGCUAUUGUCUUACAUACAUGAAAACUACCAAAAGACUGUGUCUACAGGAGAAAUCACAUUGUAUUCAUGUGCUCAGAAUAUGGUCUCAACCAUUAAAGUGUUCCUGAAGUCGAAGGACGUCAAAGAAUUAGAAGUGACUUGCCUGAAUCAUAUGAACAGUAACCUCUUAAAAACCAGCAAAACUCUCCGACAGAAUAUAGGGGGAAAGCUGGAUAAAGAAGACAAAGUCAGAGAGUGCCAGCUUCAAGUGUUUCUUCGCCUGGAGAUGUGUCAGCAGUGCCCCUCAAUACUGGAAAGUACAGAUGAGGUGGAACAAGUAGUGGAGGAGGUGACAGAUUUGCUGCGCAUGGUGUGUCUCACUAAGGACUCAGCAUACCUGUCAGAGUUUCUGGAGGAGAUUUUGAGACUGUAUAUUGACUCCAUCCCAGGGACAAUUGGACAACUUUACCACAGCCUGGGGUUAAAGAUUCCUCAGAAACUGGCUGGAGUCCUUCCUACAGAAUUUUUUAGUGAUGAUUCUAUGACUCAAGAGAGCAAGUCACCACCUCCCUCAUCAAGUGCUCAUAGAUCAGUGUCGGGCAUUACUGAAUCUGAGCAGCUGGAGGAGCUGCGGACCAGAUCAGCCAAGAAGAGAAGGAAAAAUGCACUAAUAAGACAUAAAAGCAUUGCAGAGAUUUCACAGACUCUUCGACAAAUUGAAGUUCCCAAAGUGUCCAAGAGAGCUAUGAGAAAUAACUCUCAACCUGCUUCUGCACAGCCACUACUCCCAAGGAAAGACACAGUUCAAGAAGUGACAAAAGUCCGAAGAAAUCUCUUCAACCAGGAAAUGAUUUCUCCUUCAAAGAGGGGACUGAAGCGGGGACUGCCUCGAAGCCAUUCUGUAUCAGCCUUGGACUGUCCACACAACAAACAGAACAACUUCAAGAAGACCAAAAGCAGUACAUUUCAAGGUUAUCACAAACUGCUGACUAAGAGUGUGGCUGAGACCCCAGUCCAUAAGCAAAUCUCCAGGCGACUGCUCCACAGACAAAUCAAGGGCAGGUCUUCUGAUCCUGGUCCUGAUAUUCAUGUAGUUGAAGAGUCUCCUGUAAAAGAGGAUGAAAUAAGUUUGAGACGAAGUCCUCGAAUCAAACAGUUGUUGUUUAACAGAACAAAUUCUGGCUCCUUCUAUUCUGUGUCUCAGCCAAAGUCUCGAAGUGUGCAAAGACUCCACUCAUUCCAGCAGAAGUCAGACCAAAGAGAAAAUUUUCCAGUCCAAAGUAAUCAAUCUCCUAAAACACUUCUUUUUGGGGCAUUAUCUGAGAUCCCUGGCUCCUCCAAAAAGGGCUCGGCUCGAAUUAGAAAGUCCUCAAGAAGCAUUUUGGAUUCUGAGAUAUCUACCGCUUACCAGACUCCCAAAAAGAGUAACCAAAAAUCUCCAAACUUUCCGAAGACUACACCAAGAAGGAGGUUCCCUCGUAUGGUACAGACCUCACUGUGCACUCCAGAAAGACUACAAAACUCCCCUACAAAAAUAACUCCAGCUGAGGGGGGCAUUUCUGAGGCAUUCUCCUCACAUAGUUACAGUUCACCAUUGGCAUCAAAGGUCACUCCCCAAAAGAGAGUCUCCCCAACAGAACAGACCUCUCCUCUUCUCACAGAGCUGCCCAGCACACCCAGGGGGCCAGACGUCCAACUACCUCGAUGCUUGUCGGACUGUGCAUGGCUAAACUCAGUGAAUUCCAGUCCAGAAAGCCCUUAUUGUCCCCCAUCCCCACCUUGCCUGACUGCCGAAUCUCAGAGUCAGUGUCUAAGCCCUGCAAGAUACUUCAGAACACCUCCACGUACAGCCCUUGCUGGCACACCUGAGCAUCAGAAGCCUGGACAGCUCUCUCUCUCUAGGGCCUCUCAGGCACAGGAACCUGCACAGGAACUACAGGAGAAAGCUGUCAAAAUCCCCAAGCAGCCAACAGACCCCAUUACUUCUUCCCAACCUCUUUCUCCUAAGGAACACUUUACUUCUGGUUGUGAUGGCUCCCAGCAUCAGCCUAGGAAAUCAUCAGCCUUCCCUCCUCCUGGAGAACUAAGUUGGAAAUCACACCCUACGUCACCCAGCACAGCUACACCUGUCUCUUACCUUGUUCCCUCAACUCCUCCCAGAACCCCACGAAGAAUGACCUCCCACCCCAUCCCCCCUUCUCCGCCAUCUAAGCUUAGGAGACUAUGGAGAAAGACCUCUAGUCCUCAAGACUUCCCAGAGUGCCAGCCUGGACCCUCUGCUGCUCCAGUGCUUGAGGCAGCUACCAGCCCAGGCGCCAUCACAGGCUCCAAAGGACAACAAUCUUGUGAAGGACAGAGCGCUGGCUUCAGGAAUGACUGGCAGGUAUCCUCUCCUGUGCUCAUUGCAAGGGACACAGAGCACCUUCCUCUGAUUGGUGAAGCCCAACUCCAUAGCCUUGAGAGCCAUGAGGUAAAAAAUGCCAUCUUGCCAGAAGGUGAGGCGCCAAAGACCACCGUUGCUGAUGAACCUCCCUCUGUGUCUGGCCCUGGGAUUCUUCCGCCUGUCCCUUCUUAUGUGUCCAGCUCCCCUGAGCUGCUGCCCUAUGGCAUGGCAGAUGGAAGGCAGAGCAAGACUGCUGCUCAGCAGGGGAGCCCACAAGCUUCGGAGGCCACUGGCAGCCCUCAGACCUAUGAGGUUGAGAUGGAGAUGCAAUCUUCUGGCCUUCCCAAGCUCCGAAUUAAAAAAAUAGACCCUGGAGCUCUUCCAGAAGUUGAGGCCCUAGGAAACGACAGCCCUCUGGGAGAGGAGUGCACCCUCCCUGCUCUCAACAUGCCCAAGGCCAAUAAGUCCUCCAGUAGAGCUGAGCACACCUAUUUGUCACCCCCUUGCCUCCUCCCCUCACACAGCACACCUGGCAAGAGUGGGGGGCAAACCUUCAUCUGUCAGUCUUGUACUCCCUCCCGCUGUCCACCCAGUACCCCAUCUCCAUUUCAAGCAGAUGUUGGGGUUUCUUGGACACCAUCCCCCAAGCAAAGUGGGAAGACCACUCCUGAAAUUAUCAAAGACUGGCCCCGAAGGAAGCGGGCGGUGGACUGCAGUGCUGGGCCCUUUGCUGGGAGAGGCGAGGCCAAUGCAGACUUCCCUGGGGCUUCAUCACUGCUUGAGCCUGAGCCUGAGCCUGAGGGAAAGGAGCAAAACCUUGAACAUCACCUCUCUAAGGUUCUUGUCUUGGAGGAUUUUGAACUAGAGGGGGUUUGUCAAUUGCCAGACCAGUCACCUCCCAAAGAUAGUGUGUCUAAGGCUGAGGAAGCCUUCUCCUGGGGACAGUUUGAACUAGGCUCCAGAAAGAGAUACCUGUCUGCCAAGGAAGAAGCUGAAUACGAUGUCAAAAGGGUCUGUGAUUCCCUGAGUGAAGAUCCCCAAGCUAGCAAGCGUGGAGAGUGGUCUCCACAUUGGAGGACACCACCACUCCGCUCUGUAGGGGAAGAUGAGGUAUUUGUUUCUGGCUCCACCCCACCCUCUGGCUGCAUGGUACGGAGCUGCCUCUCUGCCAGUGGUCUGCAGGCCCUCACACAGUCUCCGCUGCUAUUCCAGGGAAGAACACCAUCCUCUCACAGCAAGGACACCAGAGAUGAGGAGGUGGAUGUGUUCCCCUCCACUACCGAGGAGUCUCCUUUCAGCCAAGCCUUCUCCCGGAGACGGGCUUUCAGGACCUACACGAGGAAGAAGCUCAUUAGCUAGCCCUGGUAGAACAUAGCUGGAGGAUUCAGUGAGGAACACUGUGAGCCUGGCCAGAUCCCUUGCAUUCCUGGAGUGGUACUCCACAGUGGCUUUCUAUGGAUGUGGAAAUGAUGCCAAGAUCAUACCACUAACCCCAGUAAUGUGCCCAAACAAGAGUGGCCAGAACUUAAUGGAACUGAGAAAGUUCACAAGCAGCUAUGUCCCCUGUGGACUUAAAGACCUUGGGAACUUCACAGGGUGUGGUCCUAUGCCUAUAGUCCCGGCACUUGGGAGGUGGGGGCAAAAGGCUCAGAAGAUUCUGACUGCAUAGCAAGUACAAGGACAGCCUGGGCUAUAUGAAACCCUGUCUCAAAAGCACAGCAAAAAGACAUCAAGGACCUUGAGCCUUUUCCCCAGCCACUGUUGAACUUACCACUGGAAUGCCUCAUGGUCUUCAGAUUCUUAUCAUGGGCUUCAUCUGGGGCCAGACCCUGGCCCUUUGGGAAAGGUUAGGAAUCUGAUGGGGCCGCAGGGUAGCUGGUACUAUAACUCAAGCAGACUGGGAGUCCAGACAGCAAGCAAGAAUCCUAUUCCAGUGCCUCCAUACCAUGCAUGACCUUGGUGAUUCAGAGGACCACUGCCACACUGGAAAAUGGAGAAAAGAACCCUUGGCAUAGUCCCUUGAGGUGUUUGCCAUAAGGCUUGAGUUCUCUGACACAAGCGGUACAUCAUAAACUAAGACCCAUAUGUGAAAGACUACUACGCCAAAAAACUCAGUGACAGUAAAGUCAUCCUGGCUACUUAGCUUUCAGUGUGAGUGAUCAUAUUGCAGGGUCUGCCCCGAGAGCCAGCCACCUCAUGGCAGGUCUUAGCCUGAUACAUGUUUGACACCCAUGUUGACUUGUAAUCAACUAAGCCAACUUGCUGUGGAGUCUUGGCAGGAGCCUCACUUGCAGUGAGGGCUGCUUUGGUACCUUUUGUCUCCCCAGAAGGUUCAACCUUUUGUGGCCCCAGGGCUCAUUCUUCCCACUGUCAGAUUCCAAGUAAAAACUCCCAUUUCUCCUUUCA